CUAUCAACCUUGCAUAUUUCCAACCAUCCCUUGAUGUUUUUAAGGCCGUAACUUACAAAAGUGAAAAUAACGUCAUCGAGUGCUAUGAAGUUCUGCGUAUUUUUUGAAGUUGCGCGAAGUUGUGCCUCAAGAGCUUGAUAUUUAUUUGUUGAAUGGUUAGACCUACCCUAUCAAAAUUUUACUACCCUGUACUACGAGGGAUAGGAUUGGGUUUCACUGUUUUCGUAAGUGUGUCAGUGGAUACGUCCCAGUAUUAAACUGAAGAAGUUUUCAAAUUCUUAUUAAAAUGGCUGCUACUACUGCAAAAAAUUUUCCCCAUGAAACGUCAGAAGGGUGAAAAUGAUAAUAUUGUAUAACAAACGUUAAUUAAUGUUUAUUCGUUUAUAAAAUAGAAGUAUUGAUUUAAACAUGAAGAUAAACACUACAAGGAUGACGACCCCGAUUGAAGAGAAGGUUGAUCAAAAACUAAAAGUUAGGACUGGAAUGGUAACUGUGAGUGAUGGAAAAAGUAGACCUAUCCCCGUACAGUUACAUCUUUCCAUGGAAGUAUUACGUUUACAGAAAGAAGAACUCUUACCACCUGAAUCUAAAGCAAUUAACACCAAGGAAAGAAUGGUACAGAUUAGAAGACAGAAAGUUGGAGGUCUUGGGCUUAGUAUUAAAGGAGGAGCUGAACAUAAACUGCCAAUUUUGAUAUCUAGGAUUUAUAAAAAUCAAGCUGCUGAUCAAACUGGAGAAUUAUUUGUAGGGGAUGCUAUUAUUAAAGUUAAUGGAGAAUACAUUACGGCUUGUCCUCAUGAUGAUGCAGUUAAUAUAUUGAGAAAUGCUGGAGAUUUGGUUGUUUUAACUGUGAAGCAUUAUAAAGCAGCUACUCCAUUUUUACAAAAACAAGAAGAAAAAGAGAUACAGCAAGCAGCAGAAGCGAAUGGUGAUGAAAAGGCAGCUUCUGAUGAAAGUUUGAGAAUAACAAGUAGUACUAGUAGUAGACCCAGCUCUAUUUGUUCAGAAUUAGAUCAAGAGAAUCCAUUAACUCACUGGGUUGACAUAGUAACUGUACCUCUUAUGAUGGCUUAUGUCACACGAUACAUUUUUGGGACUGACAAACUUAGACCAAAUGCAUUUGAAGUUCGAGGGUUGAAUGGAAUAAGUACUGGGAUCAUUCAGUGUGACGAUUCCGCAAUAUUAUCUCAGUGGUUGAAAUAUAUUUCAGAUAAUAUUAUUGGAUUAACAAAUUUACAGAUGAAACUUUAUAAUAGAAACUUCAGUGUUUCGGAUCGUAUAGAAUACAUGGGCUGGGUGAAUGAGGGUGUUCUGAAUAAUAACCAUCCUUGGCAAAACUACAAACCUAGAUUUUUUGCAUUAAAGGGUACUGAUCUAAUGUUAUUUGAUAACCCACCGCUUAAUGUGACUGAUUGGGGAAAAUGCCCUCUGAUGUUUAAAGUGUAUCAAACAAUGUUCAGGGUGAUAAAAGAUUCAGAAAAUGUCGAUGAAAGACAACAUUGUUUCUUGGUACAAACAUCUGGUCAGGACUCCAGAUAUUUUUCUGUUGAAACCAGACAGGAACUUUUGAAAAUUGAAAACGCUUGGCACUGUUCUGUAUGUACCGCCGUCAUGAAAUUGGGGAACAAGACUUUUACCGUGAGUAGUAAUGGAAAGACUGCGGGAUUAACAUUGGAUUGGAAUCUAGGAUUCUCUUUACACGAAGGUGAUUCUAAAACUCCCGUUUGGCAGUAUAAAUUUUCACAAUUACGGGGAUCAUCUGAUGAUGGAAAAUCAAAACUGAAACUCCAUUUCCAGGAUAUCGAAUCUAGAGUUAUUGAAACAAAGGAACUGGAAUGUUCGAUAUUGCAAAGUUUACUGUUCUGUAUGCAUGCGUUUUUGACAGCAAAAGUUGCCUCAGUAGAUCCAGGAUUUUUAUGUUCCGUGAUACCAUAGACUUAGAAAUAAAUAGAACUGAUUUUAAAUUAAUUAGUAUCAAUUAUGGAAGCAGAAUAAACAUCAGUUUUGUUUACCGGCACCCACUGAUGUAUUAAUCAAUAAUUUUGUAAAAACCCAUAUAUAUUCUGUUAAUUCCAAAUUCGUUGUUGUGAUUACCUGUAAACAAAAAUUUUGUGGCAAAUGUUCGAAAAGUAAAACUACUAAGAUGUUCACAUGAUAGUAGAUGAUGCACUUUUAAUACUUUUUUAUUUUUCUAUAUCUUAUUUUGUAACAAACUAGAAACUUUCCAAACCAAAGACGAUUCCUAAAUAUUUCCAUAUUUCCAAGAUUAUAAGCAUUCUUUUUUGGAUAAGGACACUGAAUUACUACAAAAAUUGAAUCAGAAAUUGUUAAUAUAUGAAGCAUAUCCUAGAAUAUCUUCUUAUAAAAAUAAAUUUCCUUGUAUUAUAAUAUACUACACUAACAAUUACACUGUUUAAACUGUAUUUUUGAAUCAGAUAUCUAUGGAAGACUCUUAAGGAACAAACAGUAUAGUGGUACUAAAAUGUACGUUUAGUGUGAAUAUAUACAUGAAACAACAUUUCUAAAAAUUGUCUUUGGGAAUGUAUCUCUGGCUCCCUUAUAGAGCAUUGCCUUCUCUGAAAGCACCCAAUGGGAUUAAGUCUAGCAGAAAUUGAUGAGUCUAAAAACAGUUAGGAAAUGGAUGAAACACUCAAUGAGUUAAUCUAGACUAUCUCACAACUGCAAGCGAACACAAGAAGAAACUUGGAAAACUGAAUAUCUAAACUCUUCAGAGCUACUGGAAUUGGAAAACAAAAACAAAUUUGACCUUGAGAUUCUAGUUUGAUAUAAUCCUUAUCUAUCUACCCAUUUAACUUUGGUUUAGAGGCACACAUCACUAACAAAGAAUAGUAGAUGGUAGACUCUAAGCCUGUUAUACUAACUAAAAGAGGUAAAAUGUACAAUGAUGACUCAAAGGAUGAAUGGAUAGGUCGGAGAAGGCUUCUACUAAGGACACUCCAUAAUCAAUAAAUUUUUCUCACUUGGAGAACUUGCUUCCUUAAUGCAAGUAUUUGCUGUGAUGCAAUAAUUAAUUGACGCCAUAGUAACAUAGCAAUCUGAAUCAGCUCAAACUGUAAAGCUGCCAUAAAAUCUAUAACUGUUGAAAUGGUUUCCUACAUGAACUAGCUCUUUUAGGUGCCUGGUCACCUACGGACAUAGAACCCAUUAUUGCUGAUGCUAUUACAUCACUUAGUAGUCUGAUUGCAAGAUUGAUGGAAACACCUGACAUAAGAUAGCCCAAGACACUUAUCAAUGGACCUUCUGCCUAUUAGCAAUCAACUGCUUCACUUAAACAUGUGCCAAAUUCGACUGGUCACAAGUAUUUUAACCAGACAUGGUCAUUUAAGACGCCAUCUCCAUGCUUAGGCAUGGAGAUGUCCAGUGUGCUUAGUGACAUGAAAAGAUUUAAUCCUGUUCAUGCACCAAACCAACUACGAACUAUUCAACUUUGGCUCGUUUCUGUAGUAUAAAUAAGGGUGUGGUAUUUAUAUGUAUGGAUUUUGGCCAAAGGAUCUAUUGUGUCCCCUCUUUCUUGCUGCGAUAUUGGAGAACCCAGUGCUUCUAUUUCAAGUGCUCCUAUCUACCUUCUUUUCCAUUGUUCUGUAGCUGAUAACACAGAAAGGUUCAGGUUCGGGACUCAUGAAUGACUUGUCUGUCCCCCGCUUUAGCGAGCAAUAAAGCUCCGUUGUGUUUUGGAAUCUAUUGUAGGAUAACUUGUUUUGCCUAGUUUAAGUUUUCUAGGCAAUCCCUAAGUUUAUAUUUUAUAACAUUGGAGCUUAGAGCUCUAAUGGCUGCUUGACUAUUGGACAGGAUUAUGAUCUCUUAUUUGCGAUAGUUCCUCUCUAGAUUGAAAUGAACCCAUUUUUCAAUUGCAUAGAUUUCUGCUUGAAAAAUACUUGUGCUGCUCAUGCUUUCAGAGUGUUUGAUUCUAGGCCCGUACACUCCUAUUUUGGUUCUGUCUGCUGUUGAUGGCAUUUCUGUUUAUUUAUUGUAUGGUGUUAUGAUCUCAUGGGUGGUAGUUGCCACAAAAAGAUCCAGAUGGCUGCUUAUAGAGAGGUCUUAAACUACUGAUAGGAAAAAUUAGACUUGGUAGAAAUCGUUCAAAUAUUGCGUGGAGUAAUUCACAAAAGAUGGUCCUUAAAUAAAGUUUAAAUCCCGACUAGUAUUUUGUAAACAUUGCUUUUCACAAUAUGUAUGUAUCCACCAUCUUGGAUGUCAACUGUCGAGUAUUUUGUGAUGUCUGUGACACUAAUCAUGUGUCAUCUGUCGUUUACACCAUCUGUCAACUGUCGUAUACUCCCUCUUGGAUUUCAUUUGUGUACUGUGGUGUCCCACCUAUCAUCUGUCGUUUUCGCCAUCUGUUUACUUCCAUUACACGAACACCGUCUUGUAUUUACGCCGGAUAUGAAUCUAUGGAAGGCUCAAAGGACUAGAUGGUUUUAUUGUUGUGGUGUUAAUAGUUUAUUUGGCAUCAAACUUUUCAGAAAUUCCAUUUUAUUUGGUUUUUAGACAUUUUUAUUUAAAAUCUAGUUAAAUAUUCUUUGGUUUGGAAAUAGUAAAAUGUUUUUAUAGCUCAUAAAUAUAACGAUGUUCCUCGUAAACUUUAGAUUAAAAUUGAGUUGUUUUUAAUUAAUUCUGUAUUUCUCGAAAAUACUAACAUCAACAUACUAGUUAGAUAUGAUUCAUUGACUGUUCAAAUAUUUAUCCACAUUUAGAAGAAAUAUUGUAUACAUGAAUACUAACUACCAGAAGUAAUUUAACAAGUAUUAUUUAGAACAGGGCUAAGACAAAUGGAUAAAAUUUUGGAAAAUAAUGAAUAUACAAGAAGAUAAUAGUUUUCUAUAAUUUAUUUUUUAUAUAAUGUGCGUUUUAUGUUCCUAUUAUGUUUUGAAAAAUAAUGGUUAGGUAUAGAUAUACAAGUUAUUUGCUAUUUUUUUAUUGAGUAUAAUCCUUUGACAAUUAAUUUGUGUUUACUUAGAACGUCCAAUUUAUAAUCAAAGAAGGAUAUACAAAGAACUAACUUUAUUUUUACAUUAUAUACAUAUUAAUUAAACAUCGACUUUUUUAUAAUAAAUUGUAUAAAUUGCUUAUUAUUUUGGUACAGUUCACUACCAACACUCACAAUUACACUAUCUUACUCUCAUUUUGAUUACCAAGUUACCAUCUUCAAAUAUUGAUCUUGCUUAUAGUAGUUAUGAACUAGUUUACAACAUAUGCUAGUGCAGCUUUUCAGGUUCAUAAAAACUGGAAAGCUUUAACUACAGAACCAAAACCGCUAAAGGCAAGACAUCAUAGUUAUCUCCUCUUGCCUUUUGGUCCUUCAUCCUGCAUGCUUAAACGAACGCUUUGUUGAUCAUUUGUGCUCUGUCUAAUUUAGUGACUUUAAAAUUUCCAUCCAUAUGUACCAUUUCCAUUUGAAGCAUUCUUCGGUAGUGACUUUGAAGGCUUUGUAUGACAUAUUCCAGAAAUUCAACUCAAUUACUCUGGUAGUAGUAUUUUGUAGCAACUCAUUUUUAGGUAAACUUAGGAGCAUUUUUAGAUACUUACUACUCACAAAAGUGAAAUAAAAGUUUGUAAAAUAACAGUGUUUACCUGCAAAUAGGAUUUGUUUUUCCUUUAAGAAGAACAAAAUCAAUUAACUUCCACUAAUGUAAAAAUAUAUCUUUAAGGCUUAGAAUAUACGCAUAUUUUUUAAUGGUUUGAUGUCUUCAUAAUUAUUUAAAAGUUUAUGGUUGCUUAACUCGUAUUUUUUUAAUUUUAUACCGGUUAGGAAGACGAAAACAAAACACAGUCAUCAAUCCAAUCAUUAGAAAAUUAUUUUUACCAACUGUUGCUAUGAUGAAUGUCUCACUGUCCGCCAUUUUGGAUGUCAACAGUCGUGUAUUCUGAGACACCAAUCAUGUGUCAUCUAUCGAUACCACCACCUGUCAACUGUCGUAUAUAUUGGAUUCCAUUUGUUUAUAUACUGUUGUGUCUCACUCAUCAUCGGUCGUUUCCUCCAUCUUGGAUAUCAUCUGACGUCUGUACUGUGAUGUCUCACCCAUCAUCUCUCGUUUCCGCCAUCUGUCAAUUGUUGUGUGCGUUUGUUGUCUAUGACCGCACCCAUUAUCUGUCUUAUUGUCUAUGAUCCAAUAUCUGUGGUUACUGCCAACUUGGAUGUCAUCUGUCAUGUUUGCUGUGUUGUCUUUGUCAACUGUCGUUUCCGUCAUCUGUCGAAAGAUCUGUUUGUUUUCAUCUAACUACCCUGUAUACAAUUCCAGAUAUUAUUUAUGUUGAAGACGGACAUUAAACAAACUAUUAAAUAAGUAUUGUGUAUGUUUGUUAUGAUGCCUUUGUGAAUCAGUGUUUUGUACGAGAUACAAAAUUAGUGAACGUUAGAAAUAGUCUGAUACUCAAAAAAAAAAAUGCACAAGUAUGAAGUAGAAGAAAGUAUAAAUUGAGGUACUCAAGCUAUUUUUAACUGAAUAUAUUGUUUUGUAUAAUGUGAGGCAUGGUUAGUUUCUCGUUUUAAAAAGUAACAACAUAAAAAUUAUUUUAUGUGUACAGGGAUUCGUCCAAAGUUUUAUUUUAAUUGGUGUAAAAAAACUACAUUUAAAGGUGACCACUGUUCUUGUAAAUGCAUUGAGGUAGCAGAAAGUUGAUUUUUUUUUACAGUUGACCAACCAUAUAAAUCAUAAAUUUUAGCUAACCUCACAGGUAUUAAUCACAUGGUAGUCAUUGAAGAUUGCACUAAAAGUGAUGGUUCCCACGAGAGAUCAAUUGAUCUUGUUUGAUCUGUGGUACCAUCUUGUCGAAACUACGUUUUCUCUACAUCCAUAUGGAGUUUGGCCAAUAAAAAAAUCCUCCAUUAUGUUGACAUGACGUUCAGAAUUGACUUCCAAGAACUAUACACCAAUAAUAACUAUUCUAGAUAUUGCAUACCAACCAGAUAUAUGUUCUAUAUGCUUCUCAUGUUUUUUUGAGUUUGUGAGGGUAAAAAAAUUUGUUCAUGUAUUCUGAAAUAAGUAAAUGAGGAUGUAGAUUAUCGAGUGAGGUUUCAAAUGCAUUUUAUAGCUUUGUAUACUUUUAUAUUGGUGGAAAUUGAGUUGUUCAUGAAGAAUUUUUAACGCUGUGCGGUUAGAAAUCCCUAAUGCAGCCGAAUGUUUGCUUGGUGAUAGUUUUUUUUUACUUUUUUGAUUUUUGGAUGUUUUAAGACGAAGUGAUUAUUCUACAAGGUUCUUUACGUUUUUUUGCACAUUAUUGGUAUGCAUAAACGUACCUACACAUCAACAAACUGAUUUCCGAUUAUGUACAUCACCUGUAGGCGCAGUAUUGAGAUAUCUUUUGAAUGCAUGUUGAAUUGAGAUGACUGAAGGAAAAGUAAUCUCCACGAGGAACGUGAAACUUACUUUCAUAAUUUCCUUUUGGUGGUGUAAAUAAGAAAGUAACCACGCUCCACGUUGUAUCAUUGUCUGUUGUAUCAAAAAUAAAUAAGAAAAAGAUCUUUUUAUGUUGUAUAUCACUUUUUUUACAGCAUUCAGAAUAUUUGUAUGGUAUGAUUAAUUAAAAUUAAAACCGCAUACCAUAGUAGCUUAUAACUAAAUUGAAACUUCAGAAAUGCUUCAACAUACCUUAAAUAAUAUUCAAAUUGAGGUAAAAAAUAAUAUGAAUAAUUAUUUUUCAUAAAUUUUAAUUAUAUUAGUGGUGUCCCCAUCAUCCAAUGGAAUCAAACCAGUUUACAUUAGUAGUAGUACACCGAGACGGAAUAGUUCAGCAACAUUUUUUUGAUAAUGUGAUAGCUUUACAUCAAAAAUUUAACAACAUAACCUCAGAAAAAAAUUAAUGAUUGUGACCUCUUAGUUAAAUAUGAUUCUGUACACGUCUAGGUUUGAUAAGAGAAUAUGAUCGAUGUUUACUUUCGCUGCACCAACUCAAACAUUGAAGACAGUCGUUUACAGUCUAAGAGUAUUGCCUUAAAUCUGCUCUUGUCAGAGACCACAUUCCCAAUUUUGGCUUUGGUUUGUAAUGGCAAGGUGCUUUGUAAAUUUCAGUUAGACCAAAUCUCAUCAGGUGCUUUCUGAAUCGGUGAUAUCCUGUAAGGAAAUCAGUGAGAAGGUGUAGUAUAUUUUUGCUAAGAUGGAGAUAUUUAUUAGAUCCCACCGUAUAGAAUUCCAAAGGAGUGGAGUAGUCUAAUAUUGAAGCAUCUUUCAAUACUAUAUCUAUUAUAAACUUCCUUAUCAAACUAUUUGUAGCACAAUCGCAAAAUAGUAUUAUACAGCUAGUUGUCUAGAAGUGUCUGUUUAACGCUUGGUUGAACAUUUGAUCUUCUGCGCGUUUAUCUACGUUCUUUUGUUUACAUAUGAUUCUUUCAGUGUCUGCUAAUCCUUUCUGUCCUAAGCAUGGUGCCUCCAACGUCGAACCCCUAGCUGUUUCAGAUCCGCCUCAUCGUCCUACAACCAGCGAAGGUGCUGUCUUCCUCUGAAUCGCCGUUCUCCUCCGGAUCCUCCACGCACCGUAUUUCUUAGGAUUACAGGACAUUAUUGUCUUUUAAAUUGUGUGCUUUGAUCUUCGUGAGUGCCCUUUAAACCUGAGCGCUCUCUGGACUGCCCAGAAGCACUUUUCUCCGCAGCUCUUGCCUUGAUCUCCAUUGUCACGCCAUUAUUUUCAGUUAUGUUCUCUGACUUGGAACGUGGAUUGGGAAGUUGGUUGAGGUUCUCAUGUUCAUUGAUUUUGAGUAUACUGGCUUUAGCUGCUCGCUCGAACUCCUCAAACCGCUCCUGAAAGAGCCGAAGUGAUUUGUGGCAUCAUGUCAACAUCAUCCGCAUAGGCGAGGUGCUGGGUGAGCUUAUUGCAAAUAGUUCCUUCGGGAUUCGUUUGGGUGGUCUUUGCGUUACCUUACAGUGAGAACUUAAACAGUGUUGUCGCUAGUGUUAUGUUUAACGCAACUCAAAAUAUCUGCUGUUUGGUUUUUUAAACAGAUAUCUUUACUAAAAAAAUUUUCUUUUAAACAUGAUUGAAGAAAUUAUUUCUUUUUGGUAUCAUCCUUCUCAGUUGAAAAUAUUCGAUUUUUAAUUGCCAUAACCAACUGCGUGAAACCUCCCCAAAAUUUCAUUUUUUUAUUAUGGACAAACAUAUUUGGUUGUGUUAUUUUGUCAAGCCUUACAUUACAUCUGUAUGCUGUACAAAAAGUACUAGGUUAGUUUAUGUGUCAUUAUUGCUAUUUUGAACAUAAACUAGAAAUAGCGAAGACUCUUAUUAUUAAGGAUCUAGUUGAAGAAAAUCAUUGUAACUCAUCAUAUCAUAUCAUUGUAGAUAACUUCUAAACUAAUUAUUGAUAGUCAAUCAUGGAUUCGUUCAAUUAUAAAUAUAAUCGAGCAAUAAGUGUACUAGAAGUUUAAGGCAUCCCAUUUUAACAAUUAUUUUACAUUUAAAAAUAAAAUUUUGUAUAUCACAACCAUUUUUGAAAAGGAAGUUGGAAUUUUUAAUUAGUGGCUUAUAGGAACUGAGAGAACUGUAUCUAGAAUUGUGUUUUGAAAAGACCAUAUAAAGUAAAUUCAAAAUAUAACCUCUAAAUAAAGCUAUUUUCGCUUCAGCUAA